UUUAUAAUUAAUUUAUUUAUCAUCAUCAAAACCCAAAAGCGCGAUAGAACGAAAGCGAUUUUAGUGUCACACAAACAAAAAGCUUUUCUUCUUUUUGUUCCGUUCUUAAUCAGAAAAAACCUCGCCGUGACGCAAAAGCGAUUAUUAAAAUAAGCGCGGUUGAAAUAAUCCGAAUGGGGAGUGAGAGUGUUGUUAACCGUAACAGCGGCGGCGGUGGAGGAGUGAAGGCGGUGAAAGAAGUUGUUACGACGGCGAAGAAUGUCGUUGCGGCGGUUAAAGAGAUUGUGAAUUGUACGGAACAAGAGAUCUAUGAUGUUCUUAGGGAGUGUGAUAUGGACCCUAAUCUCGCUGUUGAGAAGCUUCUCUCUCAAGAUACGUUUCGUGAGGUGAGAAGCAAACGUGAAAAAAGAAAAGAGAUGAAGGAGGCGACAGAGACGAGGCCAAAGAGUAAGAGUACGGGGUAUAAGGGAAGCAAAAUCAGCAUUGUUAAUGAUCCUGGUGUUGUGCAAAGUGGAUUUCAACAUGCGGCUUAUAAAGAACAUGGUAAAGCGGUUGACAAGCAAGAGGUUGGGUCAGUUGGUGCAUCGGUUACGUCUUCGACGGCUCAUUAUGUAGCGAAAAAUACAAAAGUCGAUUCAUUAAGUACUGAUAAUGGAAGACAGUCAUUAGUAUCAGGUGUUUCCAUGUCAGAUACUGCCCAAGUGUCUCAAGCAUCUCAACCCUGGUCGGUAGGAGUGAGCAAAGGACAUCUUUCGAUGGCAGACAUUGUAAGAAUGGGCACAGCAUCUCAAGAUACCAUUUCACAUAACGAUUGUAAUUCCUUAGGAGUUUCAUUAUCUGGAAAUUUGGAGUCCAACUUGAGUCUGCCCUAUCAAAAUAAUUCUGAGCUACAAGGUUUUCAUGAUAAGUGGCCUGUAAUUGAACAACCAAUCACUGGAGAUGCACAGACACUAAACAUGUCCUCUUCACCGAAGGCUAACGGUCCAUUUGAGCAUCCUAACUUGCAUGUUACUGAAGUAAGUUUACACAAGAACUGUAACUUAGGUGCAGCCCAAGUUUCACAGGAGGAAAUCGCUAGUGGUGAUAAUGCUAUUUCUGCAAAAAUUGAAUCUGCUUCUAUAUCUAACAACGCUAGACCAGGGUCACAUUCCAACUCUAAUUUAAAGAAUACUCCUACCUCCAAUUUUUGUAGUUCUUAUGAGCAUCAUGAAGGUGUGUCAUCUGUUGUUUCGGAUCUCCAGCAGUUAAGUAUGAAAGAUUCCAACCUAGAAGAGGAUACAGUGGUUCUUCCAAAUCAUUUACAAGCCUUGGGUGCUGAGUGUUCACAUUUGAGUUUUGGUACAUACAAGGGUGUCAAUAAUUCUGCAUCUUCUGAGAUUUUUGCUCCUAAUAAGCUUUCCAGAAGUAGGUUGGAGAUGAAAUCUGCAGCUGUAGAUGAUUCUUUGGCUCAGUUCCCGCAUGCCAGUUCUCUAAACCAUGGUGAUGAACAGUUUGGGUUUGAUGUUCUUAAAGGAACAUCAGGUGAUCAAAACUAUAACCCUCCAGCUCCUUGGGAAGAGCUUGUGAAACAUACUGUUUCUGAGAAAAAUCUUGGGCAUGAAUACAGAACUACAGCUUCUAUAUCAGAUCCUAGUUUGCGAAAAUCCGACUGGGUGACUCCUUCAUUGCCUUUGAAGCAGCCUGGCUUGCAGAGAGGAAACAAUUCUUCUUUUCCGGGAGAGCUGCAUAAUAAUUCAAACUCUCAAGACUUGCUGGCUUUUCUCCUAGCUCAAUCACAACGUGCAAGGCACAUUAAUGCGGAACCAUCCAGAAAUAAUUUUCCCCUCUCCAUGUCUGAGGACAUGGAACCAAGCACCUUUGGUCUGCAUAACAGAUCUGCACCUGCCCAGAGUUUUACAAUGCAACCCAAUAAUCACUUUCAACAAUUGCCAGACAUGAAAGCAUAUCAAUCCGUACCCAAGAGUCAGUCAUAUUUUGCAAACAUUGAUUCACAGAGAGCAUUUUCAGACACCACUGCAUAUAAUAUAUCUCCUGCAAACAUGAAUUACAACAACCUUCUACAAAACAGAAAUGAAUUCCAUAUGAGUAGAUUGCCUCAGUCCAUUGCCAGUAAUGCACAUGGUUAUGGAAAUCUUGACUCUUCCGUUUAUUAUCCUGAAGGCUUUCUGUCUAAUCCAUCUGUUAGUAACAUGAAUUCUUCAAGUAACUUCAGCGAGCUUUUGCCUUCUCAAUAUAAUGGUGGACAUAACUUCAGCUCUAUUCAACCGCAGCAUGAUAGCUUUUCUCAUUUGGAUUAUGGGACAAAGUCAAGAUCUUCAUUUCUCCCGGAGAAAACUCAGUAUACCUUCAUGGACCAACCAAACCAGGCUUCCGUGUCGCAGUAUGCAAGUCCUGAAUAUUCUGAUUUCUAUCCUUCUUGGAGCCAAAUUCCGGAACAACAUAACCAGUCAGGUGGUGUUCAAGAUCUGUUACCCAGGCAAUUGAAUCAAUUUUGGCAGCAAAACUAUUAACAGUACAGUCCUUAAGUUUUCUCCCCCUCUUUUGUCAUUAGAAAUUAUCAUAGCAGGUUUAGGUGAAAAUAGGGCGUUAUUACUUUUCAUUUUGAUGCUCGAGCCUUAUCCAAUUGUACAUGCUUUAAAGAGAAUCAACUCCAUGUAGUUGUGGCAUCUGCAUUAUUUUAUCAUAUUACAGGGGGUUUUUUGGUCACAUAUUAGCUAAGACUAAUAGUUUUUCAACCCAACAGAGUUGCAAUUCUCAAAUUACAAGUACAAGCU